UCAACGCGUCUUCUCUCUCACAUAUCGAUAUUAAUAUAUAUAUAUACACUACGUAUAUAUAUCCGUGCAUUGUUCGAGUGAUAUUGUCGCAGCAGAGCAGAGAAAUGGAUGCCCUAGAUUCAGUCGUCGAUCCACUGAGGGAUUUUGCUAAGAACAGCCAACGACUCGUCAAGAAAUGCCACAAGCCUGAUCGUAAAGAAUUCACGAAGGUUGCGAUCCAAACCGCAAUAGGUUUUGUGGUGAUGGGAUUUGUUGGAUUUUUCGUGAAGCUGGUUUUCAUCCCCAUCAACAAUAUCAUCGUUGGUUCUGCUUAGAUCUUGUAAUUUACUACAGGUGUAAUUAAAGGUGUUUGAUCUAGUUCAUAACAAGCUUAGGGUUAUUUUGUAUUAUCUUCCAAUAGAUCACCACGGAUUUCCUUCGAUUUGUAAUUGCAAUCUUAGAACUAAUAGCAUCAAAACAUAGUCUUUGAAUCAAAUUUCAAAACCUUUUGGUUUCCCAUCCUUCCUAAUAAUAUCUAUAAUCUAGAUAUUGCGUGGUUAUGUUUGUAUGAACAGUUUUCUAUUUGAUCGCUUUGAAUCACCUAUCUGUGAUGAGGUUGUAAUUGUAUUUUCAAAUGUUAAUAGUCAUGAAACGCUGAACUUUGUAACUUCUGGUGUCGUUUCUCUUUCUUUUUAUAAUAUUGACUACUUUAUAAAUCUCUUCUUAGAUAAAAUAAAAUUUCAAAUUCUAUUAAAAUAAGAACUUGAAGGAACACAAAUUUAGAUACAACAGUUCUGUUUUAGAAGAACACUACAUCCUGUUCAUAUCAGCAUUAGAUGCUCAGUAGAAAGAAAAGGGAAAAAAAAAAAAGGGCAGGAGUAUCAAAGUGGGUUAUUUUUUAUUAUACACAUUAGGAUUGUCGUUGUUAUGAUUAAUUGUUUUGCUGGUCAUAUUAUAUUGAUUAGGUUGUGGUACACCCUUAUAUAUAAUUAGGAAAUAAAUCCAAUUGUGUGAGCUAUAAGAAGAUAUGUCAUUAUCUACUAUUCAUCAAUAGUGAAAAGUAGAGACAAGACACUAUUCAUGAACAGUGAAAGCCGAUUCCAUCCUAUCUGGACACUAUUCAUGAACAGUACUUUUACUAUUCAUCAAAUAGUAAAAGUGACUUUUAUUAUUUUUCCUUUUCUAUAUAAACCGAUGCAUUGUUUAACAUUAGAUAUCUGAAGUUUCAAAAUGUGGAAUAUGAGUACAUAGAUUUGGGUUUUUCCCAACUAAAUUGCAUAUACAACUUACAGAAGUCUUUUGUUGUGCCAUGAGAAACAGUUAAUGGUUCUUAAGACCUUUUGAUUCUGCUUAGGUGCAUAAAAAACCAAGAUUUCCUUUUGAAAGCCUAAACGUCACACAGACUAUGGCAAAGAAAGGAAAGUAUGGGCUUUAAAAUAGGAAUCAAACGUAUGAGAUUUAUAACAGUAAACAUGCACAAUAAGAGAUAAUGUAAUAGAAACUGUAAAAUAAAUGAAAAACAAACUUACAAUAGUAAUCCAAGCUCGUAGUCCAAGCUCUGAUACGAGUUGAAGCGGAAAAUAAACAAAUUGAGAAUGUUUACAAGAGGGAGAGAAAAACUAAAACUUCAAAUAUCUGAUAUUAAAUGAUGCAUCGGUUUAUAUAGAAAAUGGAAAAUAAUAAAAGUCACUUUUACUAUUUGGUGAAUAGUAAAAGUACGGUUCAUGAAUAGUGUCCGGAUAGGAUGGAAUCUGCUUUCACUGUUGAUGAAUAGUAGAUAAUAAUAUUUCUUCUUGUCGUGUGCUGGAUUGCUGUGCAGUCGAUCGGUAAGAAGUUGAUGUUAUCCUUCCAUUGCAUUGAUGAGAUUAUGGAGUUCAUACUCAUCUAGAGGAGGACUGCUUGUUGGGCUAUAGGUGUUUAAUGUCCAGUCAAGUUCAAGUUGUUCUGCGCCCAUAAUAAUUUGGGGGGGGGGAGGGGGGGAUUCUUAAUUUUUGUUAAGAAUUCAUUGGAUUCAAGACGCUGUUCAUAUGUAUAGAGUGGAUAUUCCAUGGACAGCUGUGUGUGACAAAGAGUCUUCUUCCGUCACAAACUUUGAAGAAAGGAAAAUCUACUUCUUGAGUUAUUUUUCGUGCAUUGUCUUUUAGGUGCAAAAGACUUUCGAUAGAUUUCUUGCAACUUGUAGAAUGUAGAUUGCUCAACAAAUCUAUAAUAUUAAAAAAUAAAUGUAUGAAUGCCAUUGAAAAUACUUAAGAAUCCUACACUAUAAUAAACUAUUUCCACAACUAAAUCCCAAAUAUAAGCUUUUUGAGGAUAGUAAGUGCUCCUAAGGAGAGGUGAGGGGUUCAAGUCCCAUAGUGGGCAAAUGUGUGUGUGUUGAGUGUUUACCUAACCAAAAAAAUAAAAA